UGCGUGAAAUGGAGAAGAAGAACGACCUUCGAAACGAAAACAGAAACGUCAGUGGGUCAAGGUUCGUUAAUGCUGCUUAGGGGAUUUCUUAGCCGUAGAGAUCAGGUUGUUACUGGAAAUGGAGUCCCUUCAAGUUUCUGGCAAUGAUUUUGGAUUUUGUACUUCGCUGAUAGACAGUAAAACUGCAGAGAAACUUGUUGAAAACAUAAAGAUACUUGGUAUCCUGAGUAUAAUAUCAUCUUCACUGAGCAUAAUUGGUGCUGGAUCUGUCAUCAUCUUUGUUGUUUACAACAGAAUAUGUAGAAGCCCUGAUGUGAAUUCGCUAUUCCAUCUGUCAAUAGCAGACCUUUUGCUAGCAUUAUUUUGGAUAACUGGGCCAAUCAUUCACUUCAAGCAUGAGAAUCAGGGCUUUCCUCCAUUGGAGAUUGGAUAUUUUUGUGCUACAUGGCAAGCACUUUGUGAGAUGGUUCAUCUGAUGACAUUCUUUUUAACCGUCAACUAUGCACUGAAUGUGUUCCUGAGAAUGAAAGAGAAAAAAGAUAGGAUUGUACUUUUUGACAGCAUGGGAGAGUUGCAGACCUCAGGGCAAAAUGGCUGUAACACAGAGCGGAUCAAGUCAAUUGCCUAUUUAGUUUGGUGGUUGCUUCCAAUGGUCUUGAUUGCACCUCUGAUUUUUGAGAUCACUCAACAACAAGCAUCUUGCCAACGAUGCAUCAUAUUACUAGAUGCUCCUCGUACAACAACGGCUGAUGAUAAACUUGGUAAAUACAAUGGCUAUGUCCUAAUGAUAGCAACCCUGACUUUUGCUGUUUUUUCUAUUAUCGUUUUGUACGUCUCGACUUUAAGGAUGUAUCGAAAGACGCUACUUUGUUUCCACACAAACAGACAGCGAGUUGUUAUAAAAGCGAUGACACAUCGUGCUACUGCUUACGUCCUCGUUUUCAUUUAUUGCUGGACUCCAGCACUUAUUCUAGCAUCUCUCAGACUGCUUAAGAGAGACGAACGAAUGGUCAUCGAGUACUUCAGUCUCUAUGUGAUCCAAACCCUGUCGGCACCACUGCAAGGAUUUCUCAACAGUCUCGUUUAUGGAUGGAGUCGAAAGACCUUCAGGGAUGCAGUGACACGUGAGUCUCGCAACUGGCUGUCAAUAACAAAUAACUAUGGGACUCUUGAAUCACCUUCGACAUCAUUGAUGGGAUCGGCAGAUCUCGGGUCAUCGUGAUUAUUGAUACGACUCUAUAUUUGUCUUGAAUAGAAGAUAAUAUAUUAAAGAUCCAUUUAAUAUAAUUUUUGUUGAAAACCAAACUAGGCCGCUUCUUUAUAGAUCCGCAAUAACGCAAAACGAACACGGAAUGCUUUCAUAAAUUUGAAUCUCCAUUUUCAUCUUAAGUUACUAAAUAUUUCUUAAAUGACUGCAUAUCAAAAUAACAAUGGUUUUCAGUUUAACUUAGUUUGAUCACCAAUCAAGAACAACAAUAUAAUUGUAGACUAACUAACUUUAAAGGUAUUGGUAAGUAAGGAUUUUCUGAAGGAGGAGCUCCGUCAAUAUAUAGACAAGUCCAGGAGAGAGAGCACCCGCUGUGCUAAAAGCCUGUUUUAUUUCAUUUUUUAAAGUUCAAAGCUCAUUUUUUAACAUUGACAAGCAAUGUUCUCUUGUUGCUCGAUAUCUUUAAUUCUGCUCGACCUGCAUACCUUCUCACUAUCAGAUUCUAGCAUCUUCCUCUCAAAUUCUUGCAUUUGUACUUAGUAAGAGUGUUUUUUAUUUUUAAUCUAGACUUUUCGUAUACCUUUGUUUUUAUGUCUACCUAAGCAAAGACCGAGAUACAACUUUUUGUUAGAGGGG